AUGCCGUCCUCCCGCCGUUGCCGACGCGGCGGCGGCCGCAGCAGAGCGGAACCUCCCUCGCCUUCAUCAGCGCCCAGUGAGCCGAGGGACUGGGCGGCGCUGCCUCAGGACAUCCUGUUAACCGUAUUCCUCAAGCUUGGGCCCUGCGAGAUCAGGCAGGGCGCGGAGCUCGUGUGCACGACGUGGCGGCGCGUCGCCGUGGAUGAGCCCCUGCUGUGGCGCCGCAUCGACAUGGCCGCGGUUUCGACAUUGUCCCCCGUCGGGCGUGCGGUGGCGCGUGCCGCGCUCGACCGUGGCGCGGGGCAGUGCGAAGCCUUCACAGCAUCCUGCGGUGAUGACAUGCUGCUGCUGCCCUAUUUGGUGGACAGGAAACUCAAAAUCAGGUUCAGUAUUGAUGAAAAUUAUUAUACCGAUGAUGGGAUCGUCAGGGAAAAGAUCAAAGGGAUAUUUACAACUAUGUGUGAGCUACUCUCCUUAGAACUGUUGGACUGUGACCUCACUGUUGAAGGAUUGUCAGACAUACUUGAUCACAGCCCUGUACUUCAAUCUCUCUACAUUACGGGUUAUUUUGAUGGUGAGAUGGAUGCGGAGCUAAGGGCAAAAUGUGCCAAAGUGAAGAACCUGACCCUUCCAGUUGCAGAUGGCUUUCCCGAAGAAUAUUACAACGAUGAGGGUUAUGAAUCGAGUAGUGAUGAAUGUGAUGAUGAAUUUUUGAGUCCCACCAUGUUCGUUUUGGACUUUACGAGCUCCAAAAACAACUUUGACCACUACUUUUUGCUGUAG